AUGCAAAAAAUACUUUUCUUGACUUUAUGUCUUGUGGCAUUUUCGAUACAGAGGAUACAAGCCACUGAGGAAGUUUCCUUUGAGGGUCCUGCUGUUUUAGAGCAUGAAGAUCAAUUAUUUGACGACGAUUUUGAACGCGAAAAACGAGGAGAUUACAAAUUGGUCAAAAUUGAAUUGGAAAAAGUUCACGAUCCGAAAAGCAGUGACAAAAAAUCCUGUUCUGAGAUGAAAAAUCAACUAAAUUUCGAGUUCAAAAAAGAAUUUGACUUGGAAAAGUUGUCAAAAUCCAGUUCGGAAGAAUUAUUAAAAAAAUUACAAAAUUUAAUGGAUCACUUGUAUCACUUAAAAACCGAUUGCGAAGUCAAAGAAGAGGCAGAACACAAGCCCGUUCCAUGUGUCGGAUGCAAAAAAGGUGCUUCUUACGAAGGAAACAAGUACAAAAGUUACCACGAACGAGACGAACCAAAAAAUUUCAAAGCUGUCUCGCAUCGCCGUCACUUCGAAGAAGACGAUCGCAACUACGACAAACACUAUUACGCUCACAAUCGCCAUGAAAAAUCGCCAAAACAUCCUCACCAUGACCAUCACGAAGACAAAUAUUCCCACAAAAAGCCCCAUUACGAGACAACUACUGAAAAAUCGUAUCGCAAAACGACUCCGGAACCCAAAAAAACUACAACUGAGAAGCCCAAGUACCACCCGCAAGAUCCUUUCUACGAACGUGAUCAUCAAAAAUCCCAUUCGUACAAAGAAAAAAAGGAUUUUCCUCAAAAAAAUUAUCCUCAAGUAGAAACAAACACGGAAGAAACGCACAAAUCGCACGAUUAUUACGACAAACAUUGGUCCAAGGAGGAGAAAUCGAGUCACAAAAAACACGAUUACGACCAAAAGUCCCCGAAACAUCAUGAAAAGUAUCAUUAUGAGCACGAAGACAAGAAAUAUGAACCAAAAAAGGUCGAUCACGAGAAAAAAUCUUCCUACAAACCGAAUUUUUACGAGAAGCACGAUCAUGAAAAGUUAAAUUAUCGCGAAGAAAAGUUUCCGGUGCACGAUAAGCCUUGUGAAAAGUAUUAUGUUGCUGAAGUUCCUUACUAUUUGCACUCGAAUCAUCACAGGGAAGAGCCUUUAAGUCACAAAAAGCCUCAUAAAGAACAUUUUUACCCCAAAGGAGACGAUUUUGAGCACAAAUCUUCGUAUCAUUUUGACGAACCUUCGUAUAAAAAGCCAAAAACUACGAAAAAACCUCAUAAAGAACAUCAUUACUACCCAAAAGGAGACGAUUACGAACCAAAACCGGUGUACAAGUAUCCCGAAUAUGACGAGGAACCUUCCUACAAGAAGCCAAAAACCACUAAAAAGCCACAAAAAGAACAUUUUUACCCAAAAGGAGAUGAUUUUGAGCCUAAAAAGGUCCAUCGCUAUCCCGAACAUGACGACGAACCAUCCUACAAGAAGCCAAAAACGACAAAGAAGCCUCACAAAACCGUCGGACAUCACUUUUACGAAGACAAACACUAUUUUUCGAAAAAUGAGGACCAUUUCUCGAAAAAAUCUCUUGUAAAGUCUAACUACGAGCACGAAAAUCCUUAUUAUUUCCACGAAGAAGAGCCUUAUCACAAGCAUGAGACGAAAAAACCUCACAAAUAUCAUCAUUUCGAGGAGGAAAAAGAAAAAUUUUCGCAUCAGCACCAUGAAAAAUCGCAUGUAAAGUCCAAAUACGAGCCUUUUUACUACGAAGAAGAUCAUCAUGGCAAGAAAAAGUUUACGACAAAGAAGCCUUUCAAGUCCCAUUUUGACGAAGAGAAGCAUUAUCCUUCAAAAUAUGACGAAUUCAAGCAAAAAACAACGUCUAAGCCUCACAAAAAGGAUUUUUACCACGCGGAUGUUCAUUACGAACGACCAGUUUCGUACGAGAAACCCCAUUAUUACCAUCCGAAACACGAAAAAACGACCACUUAUCGUCCUUUUUAUGAAAAAGAGCACGGAGAAGGUCCCAAAUACGUCUUCGAUGUGAAGCAUGGCGAUGAGGAAUUUUUUCGGGACCACAAAAAACAUUCAAAGCCUCGCCCCAAAGCGACACCCGAGCCGGAGGAGCCUUCUACUGAGCCCGCGCCAACGCCAAAGUCGCAUAAAUACUACGAACCGCACUUCGAACCCUUCGAUGACUACGUGAAGUACUACCAAAAGGACUCGCACAAGUAUUUUAACGACGUGACGCGUUACCUGCACAAAAAGGAGCGUCCUUCGUGCGAGAAAAAUCAUCAUCAACUACCACUGGCGUUCCAUCCGAACCGAUAUGAGAGCCUGAAACGACCUGAAUCGCCCGUUCAUCACAGCGCAACACUCUUAAAACACCUUUCGGGGCCCGAUUUUUAUCACUUUUUGCCGAUGACGGAAUGCACGUUGCACGAAAGCCAUCAAAAACCACGAAAAUAUGCCUUUACCAAGAGUGAGUUGUAUAUCACGAAGCGAAAAGCUGACGGAGAAGACUCGAAAGUGGACAAAGAAGAUGAUGUCAAGGAGGAAAAUGUGCCCGUUUGGGAGGACAGUGCCGCCGUUGAAGGAGGAAAUGGCGAAAUUUUGAGUUUAAUGGGCGAUUUGGGAAAUGGCGAGGACCAAACCGAGAAAAAAUCCGAAAAUCCACCGAGCUACGAUACGUUGGUGUCGAAAAUUAAGUCGGAAAUGGAGAAAAUUGAGCAGGAAUUGAUGAAACGUCAAGGCAAGAACCCAAAUUUGGACGAAGAUGAAAAUGACGUGAAUGUUAAUUACAAUCCGGAUGCUGAGACGGUCUUUGCCACGGAUGACGAUAUUCAACAGCGAUACGAAAGAAGUCUUUCUGAACAAAAAGAGCGAGAAGCAUUAAAAAACAAGGAAUUUGAGGACAAAGAAGCUGAAACUCAACAACGAUCAGUGCGAAGUCUUUUGAAAAAAGAAAAACCCAAAAAGGACUUUUUGAGCGAUCUUUUCAAGAGAAAGAAGGAACAAGACAAAGCCAAGACCAUGAAAUCGCUGUUUCCAAGUGAAAAACCAUCGAAAAAGGCUCAAAAAGGAUUAUUCAAAAAAUAUUAA